UAAAAGUCUUUUACGUUUUGGCAUUGAAGCUACUUAGCUAAAAAGACAUUUACUAAAUAAUAUUUUUUACUUCUCCAUCAAUUAACAAGUUAAAAAUUAAAAGUUAAUUAAUAAAUAAAUAAAAAAUUAAAUUAAAAAAAUCAUUUACCAAAUAUUUCUAUACGAAAGGACUACAGAAGUAAUUUUUCAGUGCGUCCUUUGCACUUUGAAGGUCUAUCAAUGGAGAACCCUGAAAAAUUUUCAACUUCCAAACAACUACAACAAUUCUCCGUCAUGCCAGCGGAAGAACGUAAAGCAGUCUUCAUCGACACCGAUCUUGAUACUCAUUUCGCCGUCUAUGUCUCCUCCCUUUCUUCUAUCGGUUCUCUCAAACAACAAAUUGCUGCUGAGCAUUACAAAUUCUUUCCUGAUUGCGGGACAGUCACAAUCAAAUCCCUUUUGGUGAAACAUCAAGGGAUAUACUAUCAUCUUUCAGACACGAUGCUUCUUAAAACUGUUUUUCAUGGGGUAGCGGAUUCAUGGAUUGUAUUUGCUGAUAUUUGGGCACCGGCUUUGGCUCAGAACCUUGAUAUAUGUGCCAGCUUGAAAAUAGCUGAAAAUGCUAACAAAAAAGGAAAAGACAACUCGUCACCACCAGUUGGAUGCCAACAGCUUGAUGAAACCCAUGCUGUUGAUGCAUCUUUGGACACUAACAAUGGCAUUUACAAAACUGGAAGAGAAGUUAUUAAGACUACUGAAGAGGCAUUACCAUCACACACAACCAAGGUUCCAGAGCUGUAUCUAAACAAUGUUCCGAAACACGUGUCACAACACGAGUCACUGAACCUACCUGAUAGAGGAAAUAUUGUCGAGAAACAUGUCGCUCCCAUGAAAUCAGAGAAAACUGUUCGGAAAAGGAAAAACAAAAAAGGUAAAAGCUUUGGUACAGAAAACCGAGACUUGUAUAGUAAAAGGCCAUUAGAUUGUCGAAUAGCAGAUGGAAAAAGGGAUGUACGUGGAGAACUUAUCCUACCGGUGGGUAUAAGUAAGCCUGAAAAAAGUUUAGAAACUAUUAGUGAAAAUCUAAUUCGAUGCCAAUACAAGAAAGCUGUUCCGGGGAAAGACCAUCCAUUAUCAACUGUGAAAGAGUUACCUGAUGAACCAAUUAAGGAAAUGGCUACCCCAGCAUCUGUGAUUCAAAGUGGCAAAUCUAAGAAGAGGAAGCUAAAGAAGCAACCUGUUGCUGAACAACAGCUUUCGAGCCUACCUGUUAACCAGCAUUUAAAUAAACCAACAACGGGAACUGAAGAAAGAGGGGAACAGGCUGAUGAUAUCAUGACAGAAGCGAAUGAUAUUACGUUGGAGUCAGUGAACACUGCAAAGAAAAGGAAAGUAAAUAACAAUGAACAAGAAUGUAGAAAAAAUGCUGAUGAUGUAUCACCACCGUCACCUGUGAAAGAGCAACAAAAUGAGAAACAUAAGGAAAUAGCUGCACCCAUUAGUGUAAUUCAAAGUGACAGAGAUGUUGGUGUUUCCUGUCUGAAUUUGAAUGGUUCAAGCAAGGCUUCUGGAGUUACGACGAGAACUCAUGCUUUGAAUCAUGUAGAGGAAGCUGGUCCUUUGACAGAUAGCAAGAUUAAUGAUACCCAAAGCCAGAAAGAAUCACAUGGUGAAGAUCAUCAUGUUGAAUUCAGUGAAACUGAUCACUUUCAAGUAAAUGCUGUUUCAGCUGAAGCAGGGCUUCUUGAAAGGCCAUCUACUGGAAACCACUUGGUUGGAUCAAAGAAGGGCAGAGAAAGUGUAAUCAAUGAUGAAAAGCUCGAUACAUCCAUACCUCUUGGUGCCAAACAUUCAACUGUAUCUAAAGAAUUGACAAACACCCUACCUGAAGCUUCCCACACUCCCCGAAAAACUAUUGUUUCCACCGAAGGUGAGGAUGAUGGUAGCGAGUCCUCUGGAAGUAAAGACUUGAUGAUUCAGCCCAAUAAAAAGACCAAGAAUCACCCUAUAAAGCUAAAAGAGGAUCAGGCUGGCCUUAGAAGAUCUUCCUUUUUGGAUGCAAAAUUCUGAAUACUUCUGCAUUGAAGAAACGGUUGUGCUCUUCAGGGGCAAUUUUUGAUGUAUCUAGUUCAAGUUCUGAAGAAGUAGAUGGAACUGAUGCUUCCAGUUCUAGCACCAUGACUUCACUUGGAAGUGUAAAUUAAAGGUGCGGUGGAAUCAAAACAUGGUUAUCAGCGAUCCACAUAUAAGUUGAAAUGAGUCUUUCAAAGCUUGGUCAGAUACAAGAUGGUGGCUUCACAGUCACAAGACGAGAGUCAGCCUACCGAGUUUGUUCCUGAUAGUCAAGCAAACAUGUAAGCGUCUUUAGUUGCUUGUUCUUUUUGACUCAAUAGCUAUUAUAUUCGGGAAUCAAUUUGAUCACUUUUGAGGGACUUUUUUUCUUCCAAAUUUUGUCAUAAUCUCCUACCUUUUUCGCGUGCGUAUGCGAGUUGCGACUAUGAAUUCAACUUUAGUAUUUGAUAAUAAUGGUUUAUCACUUGAAACUUUUCAUCUGCUCGGAAAGACAAGGCUUCAUAGUCUUAAGGCAUGCGGUUAUGUAAAGAUUGUCGAUACUUCUACCUGGUUCACCUAUAUGUAUAGUGGGCAAAGUGAAUGGGAGUAUUCAACUUUGCCAAUAUGAUCAUUAUUAGAGGUGUUCGAAACAGAUCUAAUGAUCCAAUAUUCACCAGAUCUUGUAACCGAACCCAAAUUGACCUGACUUAAAAAUGAAUUUACAAUUAUGUAAAAACUAAUAUGGACAAAACUCGAUUUUGAACCGAUUUAAAACACCUGACUCGUGAUCAACUUGAUGACCAAUAAACACCUCUAACCAUGAUUAGCACAGGUCAAAAUGGAAUUUGUCCCAUGACCAUGGUACCACACCUAUUAGAUUGUACUUGGUGCUAAAAAUUAUUCACCAGGGAAUUAUAUCUAAUUUUAAUUUAAAUUUGAAACAAUUAAUUAAAUUUGUGUUUCU